AUGGUGUUAAUUCAAGGAGUCAAGGAUCUCAUUAAGGAGAAAAUCCGAUUGAGUCGAAUCAUCAAUACGGCCAAAAAAAACAACUUGAACGGACGACCUGGACAAAUAGAACUCGGCGCAUCAAGGCAGCAAUUGGAUAAGAGUGAAUACAAAGAUAUAGAUACUGCGUUGGUUGCGGAAACUGUUACUUACCCACUGGAUAUCACAAAGACGAGGCUCCAAAUUGUGCGCCAUGGCCCGCAUGGACACACGAGUAAAGCGACCGGAAUGCUCAGAGUCACAUACGAUAUUGUCAAAAACGAGGGAGCGAUGAGCUUGUGGCGAGGAGUGGCGCCGGCGAUCUACAGGCAUUAUGUGUACACGGGUAUUCGAAUGGGUGCUUACGAGUUCAUGCGCGCCGAGUGGUACAAUGAGGAAAAGGAGGCCCAGUUCCCUGUUUGGAAAUCGGCCAUAUGCGGCCUCGUUUCUGGCGCCGUCGCUCAAUUCUUUGCGAGUCCCACCGAUUUGGUGAAGGUUCAAAUGCAGAUGGAAGGACUACGGAAAUUAGCGAAUUUACCGCCACGAUACACAAACACUUGGGACGCAUUCCGAUCAGUCUACCGAUCUCAUGGAUUCUUCGGUUUAUGGAUGGGAUGGGUGCCGAAUUGUCAACGAGCCGCUCUACUCAAUAUGGCUGACUUGGCCACGUACGAUCGAGCAAAGCACUGGCUUAUCCAGAAUGCUGGAAUGAAGGACAAUCUAUUGACGCAUGGGAUAUCGAGUGCCUGUUCUGGUCUAAUGGCUGCAAUUGUAAGCACACCGGCAGACGUGGUGAAAACGAGAAUGAUGGAUCAAAUACGACAUCUGCAUGAUCACGACAGUUCCUCUGGAAAGCCAUCAAAAAUCCACCGUGGAAGCAUCGAUUGCUUGAUGCACAUUGUGCGCAAAGAGGGCUUCUGGGCGCUUUAUCGAGGAUUUGUUCCGACUUACGUGAGAAUGGCUCCCUGGUCGCUCACGUUUUGGAUCUCGUACGAGAAGAUCCGAUGGUUGACGGGAGCGCCGAGCUUU